UAAUUUUCAAAAGACCAUUUCGUUCUUAUGUAUUGCAUUUAUUUUUCAUUUAUAAUGUAUUUUAGUUUGUUAAUUAUUCCAGCUUUUGUGUUCAGUGCUGCACACGUAUGCUGUAGUAUUUUACCUUUAUUGCCUGAAAAAAACAACAUUUUAAAUCGUAGUUUUCAGGAACACAGUCGCAAAUUUAAGACUCCCCGUUCAUGAAGAUUGUUGUCUAAAUUAUGAACUUUAAUGAUGUGCCGUUUAAAGUACACUUUAUUGUAAAACAGACUGCUCCUAACUCAUUCGAUGAGAGGUGGUGUCAAUACUGCGCAAUUUUGCCUUUCCAUGUUUAAGUCAGUUUUAAGGACUGACACCAUUUACCGUAACCACUCACUGCUGCUUCGCCAACGUCCGCGAUGCGGCGCUACCUUCCUUGUCUACCUUGGUGGUUGUCUCCAGCAACAGUUGGCCCAUAUGUGCCACCUCUGCAGCAGGUGUUCCAGGCACCGCGGCGACCAGGGAUAGGAACGAUUGGCAAGCCAAUUAAACUUCUAGCCAACUACUUUGAAGUUGAUAUUCCAAAAAUCGAUGUUUACCAUUAUGAGGUGGAUAUUAAGCCGGACAAAUGUCCAAGGAGAGUAAACAGGGAAGUGGUGGAGUACAUGGUUCAACAUUUCAAACCUCAGAUCUUUGGAGACAGAAAGCCAGUGUAUGAUGGGAAAAAGAAUAUUUAUACAGCAACACUACUGCCAAUUGGCCAGGAUCGGGUUGACUUUGAGGUGACCAUACCAGGUGAAGGAAAAGAUCGCAUUUUUAAAGUUUCAAUUAAAUGGUUGGCAGUGGUGAGUUGGAGAUUGCUACAUGAAGCCCUCGUCAGUGGUCGAAUUCAGGUUCCUUUAGACUCUGUUCAAGCCCUGGAUGUAGCUAUGAGGCACCUGGCAUCAAUGAGGUACACCCCUGUUGGUCGAUCUUUCUUCUCUCCACCUGAGGGUUACUACCACCCACUGGGUGGAGGGAGAGAAGUCUGGUUUGGUUUCCAUCAGUCUGUCCGACCUGCCAUGUGGAAAAUGAUGUUGAACAUUGAUGUAUCAGCAACAGCUUUCUACAAAGCUCAGCCUGUAAUUGAAUUUAUGUGUGAAGUCCUUGACAUACGGAACAUUGAUGAGCAGCCAAAGCCUCUUACUGAUUCUCAAAGAGUGCGUUUUACGAAAGAAAUUAAAGGUUUAAAAGUAGAGGUGACUCAUUGCGGACAGAUGAAGAGGAAGUAUCGAGUGUGCAAUGUCACCCGGCGGCCAGCCAGUCACCAGACGUUCCCCUUGCAACUGGAAAGUGGACAGACUGUGGAGUGCACAGUAGCGCAAUAUUUCAAACAGAAAUACAACCUUCAGCUAAAGUACCCACACUUACCCUGUUUACAGGUGGGACAGGAACAGAAGCACACCUACCUGCCACUUGAGGUAUGUAACAUAGUACCUGGACAACGAUGCAUCAAGAAACUUACGGACAAUCAAACAUCAACAAUGAUUAAAGCAACAGCACGAUCAGCGCCAGACAGGCAGGAAGAGAUCAGUCGACUGAUGAAGAACGCCAGCUACAACCUUGAUCCUUACAUUCAGGAAUUUGGGAUAAAGGUGAAAGAUGACAUGACUGAGGUUACAGGCCGGGUUUUGCCAGCACCGAUUUUACAAUAUGGUGGCCGGAACCGAGCAAUUGCUACUCCAAAUCAGGGAGUGUGGGAUAUGCGUGGCAAACAGUUCUACAAUGGGAUUGAGAUCAAAGUCUGGGCCAUCGCCUGCUUUGCACCACAGAAGCAGUGCAGGGAGGAGGUGCUGAAGAGUUUUACUGACCAGCUGCGAAAAAUAUCUAAGGAUGCGGGAAUGCCUAUCCAGGGCCAGCCAUGUUUCUGUAAAUACGCACAAGGAGCUGAUAGUGUGGAGCCAAUGUUCAGGCAUCUGAAGAACACCUACUCAGGACUCCAGCUUGUCAUUGUUAUUCUACCCGGGAAAACACCUGUCUAUGCUGAGGUGAAGCGAGUAGGUGAUACCCUCCUUGGGAUGGCAACUCAGUGUGUUCAGGUGAAAAAUGUUGUGAGGACAUCUCCUCAGACAUUGUCUAACCUCUGCCUAAAAAUCAAUGUGAAAUUGGGUGGAAUCAACAACAUAUUGGUACCUCAUCAACGUUCAGCUGUGUUCCAGCAGCCUGUGAUCUUCUUGGGCGCAGAUGUCACACACCCACCAGCUGGAGAUGGCAAGAAACCCUCUAUAACAGCAGUGGUUGGCAGCAUGGAUGCUCAUCCAAGUCGUUACUGUGCCACAGUUCGUGUGCAGCGACCCCGUCAGGAAAUAAUUGAAGACCUUUCCUACAUGGUUCGAGAACUUCUGAUCCAAUUUUACAAAUCUACUCGCUUCAAGCCAACAAGGAUUAUCUUCUAUAGAGAUGGCGUUCCUGAAGGACAGUUACCACAGAUACUACACUACGAGCUCCUGGCUAUUCGUGAUGCCUGUAUCAAACUGGAAAAAGAUUAUCAACCUGGAAUUACCUAUAUUGUUGUCCAAAAACGGCAUCACACACGGCUCUUCUGUGCUGAUAAGAGUGAGAGGAUUGGAAAAAGUGGGAACAUACCAGCAGGGACAACAGUUGAUACCAAUAUCACCCACCCAUUUGAAUUUGAUUUCUACCUUUGCAGUCAUGCUGGGAUUCAGGGCACCAGCAGACCUUCACAUUAUUAUGUAUUAUGGGAUGAUAAUCGAUUCACUGCAGAUGAGCUUCAGAUCUUGACCUAUCAGCUGUGUCACACCUACGUGCGGUGCACACGUUCUGUCUCUAUUCCAGCACCAGCCUAUUAUGCCAGAUUGGUGGCAUUCAGGGCAAGAUAUCACUUGGUGGACAAGGAACAUGAUAGUGGAGAAGGCAGCCAUAUCUCUGGACAGAGUAAUGGACGGGAUCCCCAGGCACUUGCUAAAGCCGUCCAGGUUCACCAAGACACCUUACGCACAAUGUACUUUGCUUAGCUGUGUGGUAGUUUAGUCACCUCAACCUGCCAGCCUUCUGGACCAGAAGCAGCCAUACAUAAACAUUUGAGUAUCUUCCACUGACUAUGCCUUGGAGGUUGGAAAAGGUCAACAUAUAUUUUACAAUGAGUAGCUAAUGAACUACAAAUGGACAGGGAAAGAUUGACCAGAAAAAUUAUCGAAUAGGUCAAAACUAUUCCUCAUGAAGAAAACAGAUUUCAUGUUCAAGUUUUAUUUUUUACUUGUUUAUGCAAUAUAUUGAAAACUUUUUAAUGGAAAUGUUCACCACUGCCAAACUCCUGUUUGUUUUUUUAAUAACACAUAUGGAUAAAAGAAAAUGGUUGAUGAGCAACCACUUCAAAGGACAUCAUUCAAGAGAUGAGAAAUCCCAACUGUCCAAAAGCUGAACUUUUCAAUUUAGUGCCUGGACUUAAUUAUUUGAAUUUGCCGAUCUGUAAACUUGCCAGAGUUCUUUUCAUGCAUAUGCUGAAGUUGGCACCAAAACAUAUCAAUAGUUCUCAACCUAAUUAUGUUCUUUGAUGUCUCAUUCUUUGCUGUUCCUCGGAGUUUCAUUUUGACAAGUGCAGAAAGUUUGUGUAGUUACACAAUCUAAAAUGUUAUCACGGUCACGUUCCAAAGUCUGGAUUUUGAAAGUUAUGAAUUUAUGGAGGGGAAAAAAUGAAGUUCUGGUUGAGGUAGUAAAAGAGAAUCUCUUGUAAAUUAUUUUUUAAUGUUAUGAUAAGAACCUUAAAGCAUUGUGAUGGCUGCACAUCUUUGUACUGAUAUUGUAAGCCACUCUUGCUCAACCUAGAAAAGGGAUGAAAAUGGCAGCAAGGAAAUAAGUAGAAUAUAGAUAAUCAGAUUUAGCAGACAGUUAAAUGAAUAAAAAAGAACUGGGGUAUUUUGAAACUUGCUGUUCUUUGAAUAUUCUUCAGCUGUCUAGCAAAAGAAUUGCACACCAGUGAACACUGGCUGUAAUUCCCACUAAUUAUUUUGGGCAUGGAUGUAGAUUAACAAAAAGCUUAAUUUUAUAUUUUUUGAAGGAGGCAUUAAAGAUUGGAGGAACAUCAGAAAAAUGCUCAAACUGAAUUGG